CGAAAAGGAAAGACGUUCUACAGGAGGUUCGUAGACGACGGAUAUCUGUGCAACGUAGUUAGUGAGAUAAGAAGAAGAAGAGGCGCACCCGUCACCACCUUCAUGGAACCUUAAAUUGUUGCUUUGGUCCAUAGUUUUUCUGCCAAUCGGAAUAUAUUUAUUUCUGUGUCGCCAAGAUGCAAUGAACAUUUGCGUUCAGGAAAGCUUGUUUUCUUCGAACGCUGAUUGAUACCUACUUCCCUUAGAGGACGCAAAGUAGAAGAACCCGGCCGGGAAGAGGGUGUGUGGCGUGAAAAAAUAGGCGAAAGUGGGCAGUGGCGGUCGACUGCGCGACCGAUAAUGGUUACGGUGUGUGAUGAUGGUGGAAAAUUAUAACUAGUGCAACAAAAGGAACAGACGAACGCAAAAACCCGCUCGCCGCCGCCCGCCGUUGAGGCCAAAAAGAAGAACAUGUCUGAAUCAGAAAAGUCAAAUCGAGCGUACGGUGUGUGUGCAUAUGCGGCGUAGUAGAAAUUGUUGAGAAGUGAUUGAAGAUUUCAUCAUCGAAAGUGCCAACGGUGCACGCACCAAAUUGCUUCGGAAGCAAAAAGGCGGAAGGAUCCAUCACCGCAAAGCAGCCCAGCCCCGGCGAAGGGCACACGGGACGUAAUUCAGCAGAUAGGGCAGACACUCCCGCACGACAUGCGAUUCCGUCGAAAACCGUAAUUCUAGAAGUAACCGGUUGCCUUUGAGGUUUGAGGGGCAAGGAAAUUGGAUACAAACACUUUAUAACAAAAAAAGGUUUAUAGGGAAAAAUAUGCAUACGAUAAGUUGCCAUCCCUAGGACAUUACGUGAGAAGAAAAGUUCGCCCGUCCGUCAGAAACGUUUCCAUUUCUUCAAAAGUUUACCUUACCUCCCGCGGAUAAAUCUUCGGUGAUAUGCUUUACUGGACUCAGUGGUGGUAGCCAUUGUUGCACGUAUGACAUUCGCCAGCGACGUCGAGUUUCGUUAGCGUGGUUGUUCUAUUUGUGAAAACUGUUAGUGACGGGUCUGUGUGUGCGACAUAAUGUACGCAAAGCAGGGCCAUGCGACGGGUGGAAAAACUGCUACUGCUGCUGGUGGCAGGCAGAACAUAAAAGUGGAGUACCUCAAUGGCAGGGGUACUGGGAGUGCCAGUGAUGGCCCACUCAGCGGGGGUCGAAGAGCCGGUGGUAGUGGGGGGCCCGUCUACAGCAGCCGGAAGGCGUCAGUGGUCAGCAACGGCAGUGACGUAUCGAACGAGGACUACGAGGAAGUGAAACCGGAUCUGCAGGUCAGCUCGCACCUGCUAGAUCAUGGGUACGGGUGCGGAGUAACCUCCUCAUUUUCCGUCGGUUCACAGCAGAAUGCUGCAUCGCAGCAGCAGUCGAGCGCUAGACAUCAGCAGCUGUUGUCCGCGCAGGAGCGAGGUGGCCAUCAACAAUACAACGGAAGUAGCGGCAGCAGUAGUACCAGCAGUAGUAGUACUAGCACCGGUAGCAGUAGAAUCAAUUACAUCAAUGGAAGAGGUAGCCAUCACCACAAUACGCCUACUACGACCACUAUGCCAUCGUCGUCGUCGUCUUCGACGCCUUCACGGAGCAACGGAAAGCAACAGCAGCAGCAUCACCAACAGCAACAGCCUACUAGUAGGCAGGCAGCUGUCGAUCCUCCGAUAACAAACUUUUUCAGGGCCAUCAAACGAUCUUCACAACCGUCGAGCAUAUCUCCCACACCGGCCAAAAUUGCCAAAAGUAGCAAUGGCACUGGCAGCAUCAAGACGACACCACACUCUACCUGUUCGACCCCGACGUCCUCGAUAUCGUCCUCGUCAUCCAAAAAGCGUUACUCGGAUCGAACUAGGUACGAUACGUCGCUCGGGCUGUUGACGAAAAAGUUCAUCGAUUUGUUAAAUGCAUCGCCGGACGGCGUGGUCGAUCUUAAUAUUGCGUCCACGCGGUUGAAGGUGCAAAAGCGGCGCAUCUACGACAUUACCAACGUGCUCGAGGGCAUCGGGAUGCUGGAGAAGAAGUCGAAGAACAACAUCCAGUGGAAGUGCGGCAAUUCGUUGUGCAAUAUCGACCGGAACGCGCGGAUACAGCGUGAACGCUAUCGGCUGCAGCAGAAAGAGAACCUGCUCGAUGAGAUGAUUGUAGAGCUGCGGACGGCCACGAACGAUGACAUGCUGCGCACCAAGCACGGCUACUUUACCUGCCAGGAUCUGAACUCGAUGGAAAUGUUCCGCGAACAGACGAUCGUCGUGAUCAAGGCACCACCAGAGGCUAAACUAAUGUGGCCGGAUGUGAAAACGCCACAGGAAAUCUUACUCAAGUCGGAAAAGGGUGAAAUUGAUGUCUUCAUCUGUCCGACGGAGCCGGUCGGAACUGUCAACAGUCCGGCGGUGAUUGCCGGUGAUCCGUUGUUGGAGAAUUUCGAACCCAUCCUGUCGCCAUUCCAGCGCGCAGAUAAAACGUCCAGCCCGAAUCGAGGAGCGUCGAAGCGAUCGUCUCCUUACGCAGCCCAACGUAACCUCAACCACGCUUUGUACGAUGAAGAUUGCGAUGAAAAAACGGAUCAAGAGGAAUCGACGGGUAUACAUUCGGUAAUGGCGACGCUGUUCGGAUCGGCCGCACCAACCGAUGGGCAGAAGGUUGUGGUACACACCGAACGGUACGACUCGCUGCUCAAUGGGGACAAGAGCCACCGCAACGACGGCGAGGAAGAUGACGAUGACGAAGACGACGACGAUGACGAACAAACCGAAGCUGAGGGUUGCUACUCGAACCCAAGGCGUACGGUUCAUGCCGGCGGCGGGAUGCAUUUCAAUGCUAGUCAAAAACCAACGACGACGACGACGACGACGAUGGUCAAUGGUGCGAUGGUGGCGUCUGGCGAGAGAGUUAAAUCCGAACAUGUGCCUGAUAAUAGUAGUAAUAGUAACGGUAGAAGCGCCAUGCACACCACGACCAUGGGAACGUUUGUCGGCAGCAGCGGUAAUGCGAUGCUGGGUCAGGGUGUAUCGUCCGGUGGUGGUGCCGGUGGUAGUGGCGUGAUGGGCAACGGCAGCGUGGGGGUUAAUCACAACAACAAUAUCAACGGCGGCGGCAAGCUGAUGCCGGAGGAGAUCACGAACGUGAACGCGUCCCUGUCGGAUAGCAAGCUGAGUCCGAACCUGUUCCAGUUCGAUUUCCCCAUCAGUGGUCUGUCCGCGCUCAAGACACCGAGUGCCAAGUCGUCCCCGGAGAAUCUUCAGCGGUACGGAAUUCCGGACUUUGACUCAAUGCACGAUCUGGAUAUUUUCCUACCGUUGGAACCGACUGCCGACUACAACCUGUCGAUGAACGAAUCGGAGGGUGUCUUCGAUCUGUUCGACUUUAACUGAUGAAGCCGCAGUCGAUUGCCGUAACUAUCGGCUGUUGUUGUGCGUCGCGUCCUGUACAAAUAUCCCCCGUAUGUCGUUUUUCUUAUCCUACACCUCACCAUCAACAUCAUCCACAUCAUCAUGAAAUCUACAAACACGACACGCGGCGUUUUCGACAACGAGCAGCCACGUGUCAUUAUCAUGCCGUGCGAUAGUGAUAGGAAUGAUACAAAGCGAAAAAGGUAGUAGCGGGAAGAAGGGCAGUGAGGCAUACAAUUCAACAACAGCAACACACGACGGUCGGUAGUUGAUCCGUUUUGUUAGUGCAAGGUAAGGACACACUAGAAAAUUAAGCAAAGAGAGUUUCUCGUUUGAUUAGCACGACGGUCUCUCCGGUACGGCAAUUGUGCUGUGCUUAUACACCAAUCCGUGGCAUCUUUCCCCCCUCGUUCUACGUCCACUGCGCUUACCACCAGGCGACUUGUCGGGUCGGUCCUUUUUCGUACACAAAUCAUUGGCGGUUUUCGAAGAAAGACGUUCAACAGAAGGGCGCCCACAAAAGUAACAACAGCUCCACGAGGAUGGUUUAAAUAAUCGACGGAUGGGAGCGGAUAGGACAGAAUAGGUUUUUAGAUUCCCGACCCUCCCACGCUUCGAACCCUUUAUUUUGUUACACAAUUUUGUUAGAUGGUUUGUUUUCUGUUUAGCAUUUUUUUCUUUCUUCUAGAGAUCAGGUUAUUUCUUUUGAUAAGUAUUUUCUUUUGUUGAAUUAUUUGUUUCCGAUUGUCGGUUUUUUAUUUUGCAUCCCCAGUUUCCCCUCUUCUCCCGCAGAACUGAGAGUUGUGUAAUAUUAGAUGUCUAAGGGUCGCACGGACACACGGAGUAGGUCGCGAAAGCGAAAGUUUAUCCUGAACACUCUUGGUUUUUGUUAAUGGUUGGAAGAUUCCCUCUCGCCAUAGGAAAGGAAUAAAAUCAGGGCAAAAGGAGGGAAAAGAAAAACAAAACCCCCCUUAUCGAGAGGAUGGUUCAGCGAGGUAGAAACUCUUUACGCGGAGCGUAACAGUGGGGAACAACCCGGGAUAUCGCACGGUACAAAUGUGCAUCCAAAAAAGGGGGAAAGACUUUUAUAUUCGUCAUUCACAUUUAAUAGUUACUUUUAUACACGGUACCAUGUACAUAUAGUUAAGGUUUGUAAAUUAUUUCAAAUAAACUGUUCCGGAUGCUAUUAAAAGCGGAACCGACGUCGGACUAGAGGAAGGAAAAAAACACAAGUUCUUUUAGUUUUGUUUCUCUUCAGGGCCACCCGGAAAGGGUUAGAAAAUGUGUCGACUAGCUAAGAUAUUAACAAAUAGUAGCAACACAACAAGCGUGCUCUUUCGAGCGCCUAACCUCUUGCAGGACAAACUAAUUUGGAGAAAAAAACUACAAACUAAUUUGUGACGAGACUGGCUCAGCACAUUCAACAAAUCGCGAGAAAAAAGCACACACUGAACCUCCGACAGUUUCUUCUGUAACAUAAAACUAGACAAAAAUAGUAACAGGGCACAGAAACACUCUGGAGAAAAAAAAAGAGAAAAGCAGUAGCGGAGAAAGAGAAUACAAA